AUGGUUCGGUUGGACCGUGUUUUCGGCAUUCUCCUGGCCGUUAUUGCUGGGUGGUCAGCACUGCACUACCCUAAAGUCGCUGGAAGCAUUCGUCAUCGUCUUGGUGUCCCAGGCGGCGGCUACCCGGACCCCAGUGACUUGCGGAUUUACGGCUCCGCAUGUGCGGCUCUCUACCUUGUCCUUCAGCCGUGGUGGCCACAACAGCUCGGUGGCGAAGGGGCGGAAGAGGAAUUGUGGAAGGGAUAUCCGAUGCAACAGAACAGCAUAUACUGCCAUCUGUAUUUCUACGUUGCUUUCGGCCACCACCUCGCGACACUCAUAUACAUUUUGAAGUCACCAUGUCUUCCCGAUUUCUUUGACCAGCUACUGCCUUGCGUUGCUGCUCUUUGUCUGAUCUAUUUCUCGUACAUGAGCAACUUCUUAAGGGUUGGCGUGGUUAUUUUACUUUGCCACGACAUCUGCGACAUUUUUACUUUCGGGUGCAAGGCGUUUGUAGACACGCCGUAUCAUAAAGUAACGGUUGGACUCUUUGUGUUGCUAACGAGCUGCUGGUUUUACUUCCGUCUAUACACCUUCCCGUCUGCCGCCCUAUUCCCGAUAUUUAAGGCGAUAAAAACCCGGCCGGACCAUUCUGAGACGGAGGGCAGUAGCUACUUUAUUUUCAUUCUCCUCACGCUGAGCCUCAUGAACAUAUAUUGGUUUGUGCUGAUGGUGAAGAUGUUUGUACACUUUAUCCUCAGCGGUCAGAUGAGAGACUUGCAUUCAAGAGUUUCGGAUGUCGAUUCUUCAGGGCAGGCAAGGGCUCCUCGCGAUGUUAAACCAUCGAAAGUGGAGUGA